CUCUUUACUUCCGCCCAGGGAAGACAAAAAGAAGGGAAGAAGAAGGGGGAUGGGUAGGGAAGAGAAAAAAAAUACGUGACAAAGAAAACAUUCUUUGCCUGGGAGGAGACUCCCAGAGGGUGUAGAGCUGGAGGGAGCAUUCACUGGCCAUGCCAGUACUUACCACUGAUGCUGAGUCAGAAACAGGUAUCCCAAAAUCCCUUUCCAAUGAGCCUCCCUCAGAAACCAUGGAGGAAAUAGAGCACACAUGCCCACAGCCUCGACUGACCCUGACUGCACCAGCCCCAUUUGCCGAUGAGUCCAGCUGCCAGUGCCAAGCACCUCAUGAAAAACUGACCAUUACUCAGGCCCGCUUAGGAACUCCAGUUGACAGGCCUGUUAGAGUGUAUGCAGACGGAAUAUUCGACCUCUUCCACUCAGGUCAUGCAAGGGCACUUAUGCAAGCAAAAACCCUGUUUCCCAACAGCUACUUGUUGGUAGGAGUUUGCAGUGAUGACCUGACUCACAAAUUCAAAGGUUUUACUGUGAUGAAUGAGGCAGAGAGAUAUGAAGCUCUCAGACACUGUCGCUACGUGGACGAAGUCAUCAGAGAUGCACCAUGGACUCUUACUCCAGAGUUUCUAGAAAAACACAAGAUUGACUUUGUGGCUCACGAUGACAUUCCGUACUCAUCUGCCGGUUCUGAUGACGUUUAUAAGCAUAUCAAGGAAGCAGGCAUGUUUGUUCCAACACAAAGAACAGAAGGCAUCUCAACAUCAGACAUCAUCACCAGAAUUGUCCGUGACUAUGACGUAUAUGCCCGGCGUAAUCUCCAGAGAGGGUACACAGCCAAGGAGCUGAAUGUCAGCUUUAUAAACGAGAAGAAGUACCGUUUCCAGAACCAGGUGGACAAGAUGAAAGAAAAGGUCAAGAAUGUGGAGGAAAGAUCAAAGGAAUUUGUUAACAGAGUAGAAGAAAAGAGUCACGACCUAAUUCAAAAGUGGGAAGAAAAAUCAAGAGAAUUCAUCGGCAACUUCCUAGAACUGUUUGGGCCAGAUGGUGCAUGGAAGCAGAUGUUCCAGGAAAGGAGUAGCCGGAUGUUACAGGCCUUAUCUCCAAAGCAGAGUCCUGUGAGCAGCCCGACCCGGAGCCGGUCCCCUUCCCGCUCUCCAUCUCCUACCUUCUCCUGGCUCCCAAACAAGACCUCUCCCCCUUCCUCACCCAAAGCAGCCUCAGCCUCCAUCAGCAGCAUGAGUGAGGGGGAUGAGGACGAGAAGUAAAGGUGCCUGGUUAACAAGUGCACACCACACAGGAAGGGAAGGGGUCCUGGGAUGCCUGGGUGGUGUUGAGCUGCAGCUCUGCCAGGAGAUGGGAGUUCUGCCAUGGGAGUUACUAGGGCCAGCUCCUUUUCCUUCUCCAUUCAAUCUGGCCUGGGCUCAGCAUAGAGGUUUCUGGCGUGACAACCCACACAAACCUUAGCAUCAUAGAAACACCCUGCUUUAGCCCUGCUAUGGAAAGGUU